CUCUAGUUGUGAAUGUGAAGAGUUUCGGGAGAGCAAUAUGGCUACUGUGCCGUCGUUACCGCUUUAUGUCGUGGUAGACUUGACUUUCCCAAUCGAUUCGGCCCUUGCUGAGACGUGUGUGAUGGCCGUCGAAAAUACUAUUACUUUAGCUUGUUUUUUACGCGAGGAGGUAACGAAUUUUGGCAUAAUCUGCAUUGAUGAUGCAGUGCACAGUGUUUGUCGGCCCGUACUGACCGAAGGCAAUAAUGGUGUAUCGUGGAUUUAUUCUACCAUAUACGAGGGGAUUUCGAAACAAUUUAAUAGCGGUAUCCGAGUGGCACCUGCAGAUUUUAAAGAUUUGUUACUCCUCGCUGUUAGAAACGCCCUGGAUGAACGACCCAUUGCCUCGCUUACUGUUAUAUCUUGUCGAGAAGGACGACUAAUAGCCGAUUGGCUAGAGACACUGUCGAAAGACCAAGUAUUGGCGGCGGACAGUUUUCAGGUGGUGGAACUGAGCCGGAACGAAGCCCAACAUGCGUCUAUCAGCGUUUGCCAGCCUCCUCGAGACGGUCGGCCUGCCGUCCGGCUGGCUGUGGUCCCCGUGGCCCCCGCCGGUGCAACGGCGCCGCGGGCAAGCUCCGGAGGCGGGAAGUCCCAACUCCAGGCCACACUCGAAGCGACACUCCGAGCCGCCUGGUUCACGCCGCGAUGGAGCGAGAUGAUCUCGCUGCAGCUCGUCAUGAGCCAGACCGUUGAACUCGAGUGCGUGGCGUCUCCGAGUGUGGCGGACCCGUCGAGCCUGCCCGUUGCGGACCUAUUCUUGAUCCCUGGAACAGCUGGGGGUGGGGGCGGCGUCCGCACCACCACCGGCGGCGGCGCCAAGGUGGUCCUGGAGGCCCUGUGUCGGGUGGCUGCCGACGGUGUCUGCGAGGGCAGCUUGUUCGGCGCGCCUCUGAGGGUGCUCUGGUCACCACCUUUCGCAUUUCGAGGGAAUGACCAGGAGUACCGACAAAAUGCACACAUGUUUCUGGCUCUGUGCGAAUCACUCGACGAAGCAGGCGAGUUCCUCGUGUUGAAACGGCUGGGUGGCAGCCAGGCGCUAGACUUGGGCGGCCACUUCAUCGCCAUGCCCGGCGACGAGUGCCUGCUGGUGAGGGCUGUGGCCUCCGCCGAGCUAGUGCUGCCCGCGCCAGCGCCGCCGCCGCUGCAGUACGGUGGCUUGGAGGCGGCGAACGCUGGCCGAGAGGUGCGCGGCGCGCUGGACGGGCUGGCCGUGGUGGAGCAGUACACCGCCAAGCAAUUCCCCAGCCAUUUGUGCGCCGCACUCAAACUGACCACCAGCUUCCCCGAACGCUUGUCCCUGGGGUCGCUGGCCUGUCCUAGGCCUCAAGCCUGGUCGACUGGCGCAGCGCCCCGCGUAGCGCCCAUCAACAAGUGUGUUGCCGCAGUAGCACCACCCGAACAGGAUGCGGGACAAGCCCACCAGGGUAAGGCGGUCGGGGAAGCCCUGUCCUCCGACGAGGAGCUUGCCGAGGAGAACACGCGGCCCCUGAUGACGGCCGCCCAGCCGCGGGCGAGGACUUCCAUGGCGGUUCACGGAGCCCCCGCCCCCGCCCCGCACAAACUGGGGACGGGUGGGCAUCCCGCUCUCGACACAGACAGCCGUACAUCCGCCAAGCGCAAACGAGCCCCGUCUCUAUUUAGAGUGUUUAAGUCGCGACGUCACUAGAUAGCCGACAGAGCUAGGCGGUAGCGGGUAGGCAGACCCGCUCGGCAUCAACUCCGGCCUCCCGCCAGAGAGCGCGGGGGAAAAUGGAAGAGAAAAAAAAAUAGAAGCUGAAAUAAAUGACUGGUAGAGCCAUUGAGUUUUCAAAGGAUAAAUAAUUGUAAUACAUCAGACAGUGUGGGGAUGAUUGUACAUUUCCUUAAAUAUUAGAACUGUACAAAACUGAGGUUUUGCUAUUUACACUGGUAAUGUGCACAAUAUUUCAUCAGGGAAAAUCUUUUAAUACCCAAGUGAAUGUUUUCUCUUAGUAUUACAGAAGUCACAGAGGUAGAAUUAAGGUAUUAUGCACUAUUAUUGGCAGUGGCAGAAUAAUGCAAGUGUCUAAACGGACACAGUGUGCGCAAAACAGCUACCAAAAGAACACAGAUAUAUCUUAACUGCCACACAUAAGUGAAAUUAAUAAUUCAUUGGCAAGGCUAGACAAUCUCAAAAUUACUGAUUUUCAAUUGAGAAUAUCUUUGAGAUGGGUACCACAAGGUACUUUGAAAACAUAUACACAAUUAAUUUGACAAGAGAUAAGCCAAAACCAUGAUAAAAAUCUCAAUGCAUCCUUAGGACAUUAUCACAAUAAUAAUGUGCUUUGUAAACAGGUAAAAGCUAUAAAAAAGGAAACAUUUGGAAAAAAUGUUUACAAGUAAUAAAAUUAUCAAGAAAUAAGCAAAA